AUGGAGUACGAAGUUAAAAAAUAUGAGAACUACAAGAAUUACAUUGAACUUAUGCUUAUAGCUUCUGGCGUUUGGCCAACCUUUUGCAAACACCCAUAUAUUUUGAGAAGAUCUUUAAGUAUUAUUUCAGUUUUUACAAGUGGAUUUAUAUUUUAUUGUAUAGUUGCUUUUUUGGUUAAAAAUGUCAAUAAUAUAAAUAUCGUUACUGGGUGCUUAGGAUUGAUGAUAGGAUUUUUUACUACAUUUAUCAAGGUUUGCACUCUAGUGAUACAUGAAAAACAUAUACGAGAAUUGAACGAAGGCAUAUCGACAACUUUUGAAAAUGAUAUUAAAGUUCCCGAAUUACAGCCUCAUUUACUGGCGCAUUUUCGAAUAUUCUCAAAAUUGUUCAAUAUUAUCAACUUUUUGCUUUGUAUAAGCAUCUUCUUACUUAUCAUCAUGCCUUUACUAGCCCUCAGGAACAACAAAUACGUAAGAACGUAUCCACAAGUUUUACCAUUCAGCUACGAACCAGGAGGAUUUAUUCACUGGUCAAUAUAUGCAUUUGAGAUAUUAGGUGGACUUUAUUUAUGGACUGUCACCAGUGGUGUCGAUUCUGUUUUUGGACUCUAUGCUUUACACAUCGUCGGAGAAUUAAGAGUACUUGGCUCAGCCUUUCAGAGCUUAAAAUUCAAUACCAAUUAUAAAAAGAAUUUAAAAAAAUGUAUUGAUAAACAUUUUCUGUUGAUGCAAUCUCGAUGCAAAUUGCAACAAGUCUUUAGCUUUUUAGCUUUAUGGCUCGCUGUUACUUGUGCCAUUGCUAUGUGUGGCAUUGUUUUUCAAGCUACUCAGACGAAAAAUAAAAGCAUUGUAAAAUUGAUGUAUUGGACUGGUCAUUUCGUUUUAAAAUUAGUACAAGGAUAUUCUUACGCUUGGUAUGGAAAUAUCAUUUCUGUAGAGAGUGAAAUAUGUCUGUAUUCGAUAUACAAAGCAAGUUGGCCAGGAUCCGGUGAAACAUGUUUUAUGAAGGAUGUACUCAUUAUACUGUCGCAGAAGCCACUUAUUUUUAUAGCAAAGGGAUGCAUGUCUGUACGUUUAGAUAUGUUUUUGAAGAUUUUACACGCUACUAUCUCUUAUUUUUUCUUGUUACAAACUUUACAACAACAUCCUGAUUUAAUGUGA